AUGGACUCAUUCGCGAGGUAUGAUUCAUCUCAGUGGAUACAAAGUGGCGUCCACGAGGCCACCAGCAACGAUUGCGAUUUCUCCAGCCCGCAUAGAGCACGCAGUGGCACCAGUGCUGGUGCUCCUACGACCGCAUCAACGAUGGAGGUAUUCGAUAAGCAUUCCGAGACUUACGCGGACCCUAACUCAGUGCAAUUGGGUUUAGAUAUGUCGUUGCCCAGCAUGUUGUCCACCCUGCAGUGGGUCGCCACGGAGUCGCUUGUCCCUUUGCAGCCUCGCGGCGGCGAGUCCUGGAAGACCGUUGGCGAGUUCGACCGCCCGCGCGGGCGUGGGCGGGCGGAGACCAGAGGCAGCCGCCCAUCCGAAUACGCUCAGCAGUCAGCCUGGGUUGGCCCUGGCGGCGCCCCCUCAGCGGCCGAGGCGCGGCCGCCAUCUCAGCCCGGAGGCGUUCCGCUGCUCCACGGCCAGCCGCGGCCGCCAGGGCAGGAAGGCAGCCCCAUACAGCAUGGAAGGCGAGCGGCGAGACCUGGAAGACUGGUGACGAGCUCGACCACCUGCACAGGGGCGCCCCAUGUCUGA